CGCCCGCCCCGCCGCGACGAUGCCUAAGAGGAAGGUCAGCUCCGCCAAGGGAGCGGCGAAGGAGGAGCCCAAGAGGAGAUCGGCGAGGUUGUCAGCUAAACCGGCUCCUGCAAAAGUGGAAACGAAGCCAAAAAAGGCGGCAGGAAGGGAUAAAUCUUCCGACAAAAAAGUGCAAACAAAAGGGAAAAGGGGAGCGAAGGGAAAACAGGCUGAAGUGGCUCACCAAGAGGCUAAAGAAGACUCACCUGCAGAAAAUGGAGAAACUAAAAAUGAGGAGAGCCCAGCUUCUGAUGAAGCAGGAGAGAAAGAAGCCAAGUCUGAUUAAUAUCACACACCUGGUCCUAUCAGGGGUCCCUGUUUCCCUUCUUGUACAAUCCAAAGGAAUAUUUUUAUCAACUAUUUUGUAAAUGCAAGUUUUUUAGUAGCUCUAGAAACAUUUUUAAAAAGGAAGGAAUCCCACCUCAUCCCAUUUUUUAAGUGUAAAUGCUUUUUUUUCAGAGGUGAAAUCAUUUGCUAGUUGUUUAUUUUUUGGUACAACCAGAAAAUAGUGGGAUAUUGAAUAUGGGAGGCUUUGAUUGCCUUGGGUGGCAGCUUAACAUUCCACAGAUGGAGGGUAGCUUUUAUAUCCUAUAAUACAAAGCAUACUAAACGGCAGUUUGGAGUCACUUGUGCAUUUAAUGUCUUAAACACUUUAAAUUACUUCUCUUCCCACGUUGUUUUUGGUAGAAUUGUUUCCUAAAGCAAACCACUCACCCCUUGAUCUUGGCUCUCCUGGGCAGAAUACUGUGCACUC